GACCCUUUGAAGAGCGAACUGACGGAGUUUGUGCUGUCAUAAGCUAGCAUAUUCGAAGGUUCCCUUGACUUUGACAUGGAGAAGCUGAAAACGCUGCUCGUCGCGAACCGAGGCGAAAUCGCGGUCCGCAUAUGCAAGACUGCAAAAAAGCUCAACAUCAAGACCAUUGCCAUCUAUUCAGACGCUGAUGCUGCAUCGCAACAUGUCCGCGAGGCCGAUGAAGCCGUUCUUCUAGCUAGCAGCAAUGCCACAGCAUACACUGACGAGCAGAGCAUUAUCGAUAUAGCCAAACAGACCAAGGCCGACGCCAUCAUCCCUGGUUAUGGAUUUCUUUCCGAGAACGCACACUUUGCGCGACUCGUUGGCGAAGCUGGCAUCGCGUGGGUUGGCCCGUCACCCGAAUCCAUUGAGGAAUUCGGCGUCAAGCAUGUCGCGCGUGAAUUGGCCGAGAAGGCUAAUGUCCCCAUUGUCCCUGGAACCAAAGGUCUAGUCGAAGAUGAAGAAGCUGCAGCAAACGCCGCUGAGAGCAUCGGCUUCCCGGUUAUGCUCAAAACGACGGGCGGAGGCGGUGGCAUGGGACUGGUCACGUGUAACAGCGCCAAUGAGGUCCGCAAUGGCUUUAAAAUGGUUCGAUCGCGCGGAAAGACGCUUUUCAAGAACCCGGGGGUCUUCGUUGAGCGUUUCUAUCCUGCGAGCCAUCAUGUCGAGGUUCAAGUGUUCGGCAACGGCCAGGGCCAGGCCAUCCAUUUUGGCGAACGUGAAUGCUCGAUACAGAGGAGACACCAGAAGGUCAUCGAGGAAUGUCCAAGUCCUUUUGUGGAGAAACACCCAGAGUUACGAAAGAAAUUGGGGGAUGCUGCUGUCCACCUAUCGGAGUCGAUCAAGUAUGGGUCUGCAGGAACCAUUGAGUAUCUCGUCGAUGACAACACGGGUGACUUCUUCUUCCUCGAGAUGAACACUCGACUUCAAGUCGAGCAUGGAAUUACCGAACUUUGCUACGGCGUCGACCUAGUGGAGCUUAUGUUAAAGCAAGCGGAUUCCCAGCUUGCUGGAAAAGGCGGGCUUGAUGGAAAUGUGCUGAAGGAAAUGCAACCCUCAGGACCAUCUGGUGUGGCUAUCGAAGUUCGCAUAUACGCCGAAAACCCCCUAAAGGACUAUGCACCCUCACCAGGCCUUCUUCAAAAGGUCGAGUGGAAGAACGUCUCUGGCAGUCGAAUCGACACUUGGGUGUUCACCGGCUCACGCAUCACACCAAAUUAUGAUCCUCUCAUUGCGAAAGCCAUGAUCCAUUCCAACUCCCGUGUGAAGGCAAUUAGCAGCAUGAAAGAAUUACUUGACGAAUCUUCAAUAUGUGGCCCACCUACUAAUCUAGAGUUCCUUGCAGAGAUCAUGGAUGACCCAACAUUCAAAUCAGGAAACACAUUAACCAGCUUCCUUCAAUCGUUCAAAUACGUGCCUCAUGCGAUUGAUGUCAUCUCAGCAGGCGCCUACACCCUCAUCCAGGACCUUCCCGCCAGACCGACGGUCGGCAAGGGAAUACCUCACUCUGGGCCGAUGGACCCCUUGGCCUUCCAAAUCGCUAAUAUGUUGGUGGGAAAUCCGCGCGGCAGGGAAGGUCUAGAGAUCACUUUGAGUGGACCUGAGCUUCGCUUCGUUGGGCCAGCCAUUGUUGCUUUGUGCGGAGCCCCGAUGGAAGCCUCGCUGGAUGAUAAAGAGUUUCCCAUGUGGGCCAAGGUCAAGGUAGAGGCAGGGCAAAAGCUGAAGAUUGGAAAAACAACUGGCAAUGGGUGCCGAUCCUAUCUUGCAGUGUUUGGUGGAUUCCCCGAAGUCGCCGACUACUUCGGUUCCAAAUCUACCUCUCCACUAGUCGCUAUUGGGGGCUAUCAAGGCCGAUCGCUAGCUCCGGGAGACCUCCUUCGCACAGUAGCAAAACUCCCAGAUUAUGUCGGCAUAGUAUCCCUUCCAGAGAGAUUACGACCAGUAUACAAUUCUCACUGGGAGAUCAAGGCUAUGGUCGGUCCUCACGAUGAAGGAUACCUUCUACCCGAAGACAUUGAAAUGAUAUACAGCACCGAAUGGAAGAUUUCUCACAAUGCUUCUCGAAGUGGAAUUCGUCUCGUCGGCCCUGUUCCGAAAUGGGCGAGGAAGGAUGGCGGCGAAGGCGGUGCUCAUCCGAGCAACCUCAUCGAAUACGGAUAUCCUCUUGGAACCCUCAACUGGACCGGCGAUGAUCCCUGUAUCUUCCCCAUUGAUGCGCCUAACUUCGGUGGCUUUGUUAGCAGUACCACUAUCAUCCGGGCAGAAUGGUGGAAGCUUGGCCAGAUUAAGGCAGGCAACACGUUGAAGUAUGUCCGCGUCGGCUUGGAGGAUGCACUGAAGAAGCGAAAGAAGCUGGACGGAUUUCUAGACUCUGUUGAGCAUGCGAUUCAGUCUAGUGGAAGCUUCGACAAUAUCGACAAGCUGCAGGCAUGUCACGUGGAUUUCCAUGAGGGUGACAUAGGCAAGGCAGUCAUCUGGGAGCAGGAGGGAUAUGGGCAUAUACCCCCGGUGAAGUAUCGGCAGGGCGGCGAUGACCACCUCAUCAUCGAAUAUGGCAACGACACCUUCGAUCUCAACCACCGCAGCCGCGUCACUGCCCUCGAAAACGCCCUAAACUCCCCCUCCACACCCACCCUCAUCGCACAAAAUCUCAUCAACACAGUCGGCUGUUGCACAACCCUCCUCCUCUUCUACAACGGCGCUCUCCUCCCCCGCAGCACCCUCCUCUCCCACCUCCUCACCCUCGAAACCCAACUCGGCUCUCUCCGAACUGUUAAAGUCCCGACUCGCCUCUUCCACCUCCCCAUAACCUUCGAAUCCCAGGCCCAAACUAAAGCUACGCAACGAUACAUAACAAACCAAAGACCCCACGCUCCCUACCUUCCUGACAACCUCGCCUUCGUCGCCGCAAACAACGCAUUCACACCAGGUCAGCUCAAAAACAUUUACCUUACGGGGCAAUUCAUGGCGGUGGUAGUUGGGUUUUUCUGCGGAAACACAGUAUCGCUUCCCGUAGACCCUCGCCAGCGAAUGUCCUGUCCGAAAAUGAACCCAUCCCGCGUUUUCACUCCCGAAGGGACGGUAAGCUGGGGUGGAAGCUGCAUGAGUAUCUAUCCUGUGGAUUCCCCCGGUGGGUAUCAGAUGACAGGGCGCACGGUCCCGUGUUGGGAUUACUAUGGCUGGAAAAAGGGUUUUGAAGGGGGCAGGCCGUGGCUGUUUCGCGAUUUUGAUAUAUUGACGUACUACCAGGUCAGUGAAUCAGAGAUGGAUAACCUCCUCCAAGAAUUCCGAACUGGACGGUAUGAUUUUGAAUAUCAGGAAGUGGAGUUUGAUAUGGGGGCGCACAAUAAGUUGCUUGAGGAUACGACGGAGGAGGUGAAGGAGAUUAGGGAAAAGCAGAAUCAUGCACAGGAGGAGAUGAUGGAGAAGGAGAGGGAGAGUUUGGAGAGAUGGAGGAGGGAGAAGGCGGAGAACCAGGUCGAUGAGUCGACGGUGGAAAAGCUGUUGCUGGAUCCGAAGAUUUUGUCGGUAGAGGCCCCGGUGGAUGCGAAUGUUUGGAAGGUGGAGGUCAAAGAGAGCGAUGAGGUUACGGAGGCAUUUGGGUAUUUGCUGACGCAGACGCAGAUCGUUAUCCUCGAAGCUAUGAAACUUGAAAUCGCGGUAAGGACUCCAGAUGCGGUCGUGGCGCAAUUGAAGAAGGGGAAGGUGGUAGUGGAGAAGAUGUUGGUGAAGCCGGGGGAUACGGUGCAGGCGGGUGGACAUAUUGGGUUGCUGCGGGUGGAAUGA